AGCUCCAGUUCCAGCCACCAAAAGGGCGGAGGAUGAGAAGAAUGAACGGCCUGCUGCGGAACAGCUGGUGGCCGGGCUCUCUGGUCAAGCGGCAGCACCAGACGAGCGGCGGCAAGCAGCCCGGGGAGGACAUUUGUCAGCUCCGCAAGGAGAUGGACCUGGCCGCGGAGAGGCGCAAAGAGGCCAGGGCCACGGAGGCGGCCGAACAGGAGGCGGCGAUGCUGAAGACUCGUGUGCACAGGUGCAUCGAGGAGAGGGAGAAGCUGCUGCAGAAGAGCAUCGAGAGCGGCGCCAAUGAGCAGCAGAAGGAAACGCUGCGAUCAUUGAUGGGCUGCCUGCUGACGGGCAUCCGGAAGAGGUGCGCUGAGAGUGUGAUGGCCGCCUUCUGCAAGGCCAAGGCGCAGGCGGGCGAGAAUAAAAUCAGGAAAAUGCUGAAGAAAUGCGCCGAAAAGUGUUCGCAGGGGGCAAGGCGAUCCGAUGGCAUGGAUAAGAUGAGCUUUGAGUUGCCUAGAAAUAAGGAUAAGAAGCAGCCAAAGCGCAACCGAUAUGCCGAGAAGCUGGAGCAGUGCAUGGCCAGUGAGUGGCGGGAGGUGUGCGCCGCCCGCAAGAAUCUCAGCGAGGAGGAGCAGGCGGAGAUGGUGCGAAUGCACGAAUGUUUAUGCAAUCAAGUCAAGGAGAACUGCCGCCAGAUGGUCAUCAAGGAGAUGUGCCGCGAGGCUGGCGGGGAGCAUCCCAGGAAGCGGAGAUCCGCCCGCAAGUCGCAAAAGAAAAGCAAGAAACCCGAAGCCCAAAUCGCCGCCAAAGCAACGACAUGCCCGCCGAGUCCCCAGGUGGAAAAGUGCGUGGACGCCCAGCUGCAGAGUGUGCAGAGCUUCAUGAAGUCCUUGAGCGAGAAUGAUGGCACCAGUGUCCAGGAUAUAUCCGAAUGUGCCCGGAUCAGGCUGCGGAAAAAGUGCGAGGCGGAGAUACAGCAAAGGAAAGCCCAGCAGGAGGCGGCACAGAAGGGCACCGCAGCCACCGUCAAUCAGGAAUUGCUGAAGAAGUUCCGCGAAUGUUUGUACAAAAAACUCGGCGGACCGCACGAAAUCCAACCGGGCCGCAAGGUGACCAUUGCGGGCGCCGGUGCCGUGGGCAUGGGCUGUGCCAUGGCCCUGCUCUGCCAGGGCGUCACCAAUCACCUGGCCCUCUACGAUGUGAAGGAGGAUUGGAUGGCGGCAGAGCGCCUGGAUCUGCUGCACGGAUCGCUGUUUGUCAAUAAUCCGCGCAUCGAGCAGUGCACGGGCGUGGCGGCCACCAAGGACUCGCGCGUGGUGGUGGUGACGGCUGGGGCCCGUCCCACGGGCAACGAGACGCGCCUGGAUGUCGCCCAGAAGUCGGCGGACAUUGUCAAGUCGCUGAUGCCACCGCUGCUGGAGCACAGUCCCAGGGCCACCUUCGUGAUUGUCUCCAAUCCCUCCGAUGUGAUGGCCUGGGUGGCCCGCAAGGUGACGAAUCUGCCGCCAGAGCGUUGCUUCAGCACCGGCUGCCACCUGGACACGGCGCGCUUUCGGCUGUUCAUCGGCCAGCUGCUGGGGAUCGCACCGCGCUCCGUCCAUGGCUUUGUGAUCGGGGAGCAUGGCGGCAGCUCGGUGCCGCUUUGGUCUACGGUGAGCGUCGGGGGGGUGCGCCUGCAGGAGAUCCUGCCCGUCAUUGGCACGCAGCAGGAUCCCAUGCACUGGUCAACGGUGCACAAGGAUGUGGUGGCGGCGGCCUUCAAGGUGAGCGCCGUCAAGGGAUACACCAACUGGGCCAUCGGCCUCACCAUCGCCGAUGUCGUUUCGGCCAUGUUCGAGGACAGCAAUCGGGUGCUCUCGCUGGCCACCAAUGUCCAGGGCAUCUGCGGUGUCCAGGAGGAGGUGUUCAUGUCCAUUCCCUGCUUGGUUUGCGCCCACGGCAUUGCGGCCAUCGUUCGGCCCCAUCUCAGCGACUGGGAGAAGGAGCAGCUGCAGAAAUCGGCCAACAUCCUGCUGGAGGCGCAGCGUGGCAUCAAAAUGUGAUCCACGAUCCAGUCAGCCCUGAGAAAUUAGUCAAU